ACCAGCCCUCACAGCCUUUCUCCGAAGCUAUCGCCACUGUGACUGCAGGAAACAAAGAAUCAGAAGUAAAAUCUAUCUGCAAAGCUUCAUCGACGACGGACAGGAUAGAAGAGCGCAACGAGAUCGGAAAAGAAAGAGUGAUUCGGGAAUGGGAGUGGACUACUACAAGGUCUUGCAGGUCGAUAAGAAAGCCAAUGAUGACGACCUCAAGAAGGCCUACCGGAAGCUAGCCAUGAAGUGGCACCCCGAUAAGAACCCUCAAAACAAGAAGGAAGCUGAGGCCAAGUUUAAGCAGAUCUCCGAGGCCUACGAGGUCCUCAGUGAUUCCCAAAAGAGGGCGAUCUACGACCAGUACGGGGAGGAAGGAUUGAAAGGUGAAGUACCGCCGCCGGGGGCCGGCUGCCCUGGUGCUUCUUUUUUCGGCGGCAAAGAUGGGCCGGCUACGUUCCGGUUCAAUCCGAAGAAUGCUGAUGAUAUUUUUGCGGAAUUUUUCGGCUUCUCUAGCCCGUUUGGAGGAAUGAGCGGCGGUGGAGGGACCGCUGGGAUGAGGAGCGGGUCGAGAUUUCCCGUAGGGAAUGAUUUCUUUGGGUCGGAAUUUGGUAGGGAAGGGUCCAUGAAUGCACAGCGUCCGCAGAAGGCUGCGCCCAUCGAGAAUCGACUGCCGUGCAGUCUUGAGGAUUUGUACAAGGGAACCACGAAGAAGAUGAAGAUUUCGAGGGAGAUUGCAGAAAUGAGUGGGUACGAUAAAUUUCAUUUAUUUUGUUUUGCAGUUAUUGGCUAAAGCUUCUUAUUGGGG